AUGGAGGAGGAUUCAUCUUUUGCUAAAAAAGAAAAGCCUUCUUUGAACGCGGUGGUGAAUAAAGAGAGACCUUCGGAUUCAGCACCUGCACUUGGACUCAGUGCAUCCAUCUCAUCUGUAGAUAUUUCCUCGAGUAAAGCUUCACUACCCGAUAUUCAACAUACCCCUAAACACAAUAAUGAACCAAAAAGCCAUCCUUUAUCUAAAAGCACCAGCAAUCACCAGGAUUUCCCAGAAAUUCGUGCUUAUUACGCAAACAUUGCAGGACAGCCACCCAAUCUCGCCAUAGGCCCUACCAUAACCGAGAGCAACGACUCUCUGUCACCCACCAUCAUGAAAUCCAAGUUGAGCGACGCUUCUUCGCCUGCCUCAUCCUCGGGUUCGAAUCAUUCCAAUAUCUCCUCACCUAUUUUACCACCCAUAUCCGCUUCAGAAGGUCAAAUACGACAAUUGAAAGAACAGCAGAGACAGCCCCACAAAAAGAAGAGCGAGUUUCCUCCACAAUAUGUAUCAGCACCAGCACCUUCAUCCACACCUGUAUCAAUAGACAGUUCCUCUACAGUGCCUCACAACAACAACACAGUUGAUGUGGACGUCUUAGCUGCUCUUACUGAUGGAGACGACGGCAGAUACAUGCGCUAUGCAUCAUCAGCUGAUUCCAUGCUGGCAUUGCUCGAGAGUCGCAAAUACAAGGGCAACAAGGGGCUCUCCAAUGAAUCGCAGGCAUCCAUCCAGAGCUCACAUGGCACCAUCAAACCUCCAACCAACGUCAACAUGCUGACAGGCUAUGCUACCGAGGACUCACCGUACCCUGCCUGGGGCCCCGAAGAUGCUAUUCCAUUCACCUUUAGACAACUCGACGACAUCUUUCUGGCCAUAGCACGCAAAUUCGGGUUUCAACACGACAGCAUGCGAAACAUGAGUGAACACUUGAAGGUCAUGCUGGAUUCGAGAGCAUCACGUCUAUCGCCUCAGUUGGCGCUUGAUUCGUUGCAUGCUGACUACAUUGGCGGUGAAAAUGCAAAUUAUCGCAAAUGGUACUUUGCCUCCCAGAUGGACACGUAUGACCAAACCGAGCAAGAAAAGCAGGUGGCUAGCGAUGUUGGUGAUGAGCAUGAACAGCUGCUUCGUAUGCAAGAGAAAUGGUCAUUACGCAUGCGCAACUUGUCAAACGCUGAAAAGGCCCGUGAUCUCGCCUUGUACCUUUGUCUGUGGGGAGAAGCUGCGCCUGUCAGAUUUACACCCGAGGCGCUCUGUUUCAUCUACAAAAUGGCAUCUGAUUUCUACUGUCAUGAAUCCACAGCUGACACUGCACCGGAUGCUGAGGAAGGUGCUUAUCUAGACAACGUGGUGUCGCCUCUGUACAACUAUUUUCGCGAUCAAAUCUAUGUGCUGAGCAACGGUAAAUACGCCAAACGAGAAAGGGAUCACAACCAAGUGGUGGGCUACGAUGAUGUGAAUCAGUUCUUUUGGCACUCGACCUUUUACGACAAGAUUUUGGUUGCGGCGGGGAAGGAGCAAACACUCGGUAAAUUACUGCCGCAUGAGCGCUACAAUGCUCUGAAAAAUGUAGACUGGGAAAAGACGUUCAAAAAGACAUAUCUCGAAAAGCGAACCUGGAUGCACGCUUCCAUCAACUUUUCUCGGGUAUGGGUAAUCCAUAUUGUCACCUUCUGGUACUAUAUCAUGGCGAAUGCCUAUUCCCUGUAUCUGAAUGUGGACAAAGAAGUGGCUAAAGAGGAGGUGGCGGUGCAAAUCUCGAUUGUCGCACUGGGUGGUGUGGUCGCCUGUCUUCUGGUCCUCACUGGGUCUUGCGCCGAGCUUGCGUAUCUGCCUACAAGCUGGCACAACUCGAAAUACGUGCUGCGUAGAAUCUGUUUUUUGAUUCUGCUCAUGUUGAUCAAUGCGGGCCCUUCUUACUACUGUGUCGUUAUGGAUAGAACCAGUUCCAUUGCAAAGCUAGUGUCCAUCAUCCAGCUGCUCGUCAGCGUGGCUACAACACUAUUCCUGUCUAUUGUACCAUCUUCUCGUCUCUUUAUGCGUGCGUCUCAACAUACGCGCCAAGAACUGGCCAAUGAGCACUUUACUGCCAACUUCCCCUCCCUCAAGCGCAUCGACCGCAUCAUGUCCAUCUGUCUCUGGGUCUGUGUCUUUGCCUGUAAACUGCUGGAAUCCUACUUUUUCUUGGCUCUUUCGUUCAAGGAUCCGCUCAAGGUAAUCAGUACGAUGACGAUUACCAACUGCAACGAUGCGCUUAUUGGCACCAUGCUCUGCGAACAGAUGCCUCGCAUUACCAUCUUUAUCAUGUUCUUGAUGGAUAUGGUGCUCUACUUCCUGGAUACAUACUUAUGGUACAUUAUCUGGAAUACUAUAUUCUCUGUGUCUAGAUCCUUCUAUUUAGGUAUUUCGAUCUGGUCGCCAUGGAGAAAUAUCUUUUCCAACCUGCCCAAGCGUAUCUUUGUCAAGUUGCUGGCCACACCUGAUAUCCAAGUCAAGUACAAGCCCAAGGUGCUUUGCUCUCAAAUCUGGAACGCUAUUGUGAUUACCAUGUACCGCGAGCAUUUGAUUACGGCGGAUCACGCACAGCGCAUGCUGUAUCAACAGGAAGUCAACCCGAUGGAUGGCAACCGUACGCUCAAGGCACCCACCUUUUUCGUCUCUCAAGAGGACACUUCAUUCAAGACAGAGUACUUUCCUCAAAGCGGUGAAGCAGAGCGUCGCAUUCAUUUCUUUGCUCAGAGUCUGACAACACCCAUGCCGCCACCACAUCCAGUUGAAUGUAUGCCCACAUUCACCGUGCUUACCCCUCAUUACGGAGAAAAAAUCUUGCUUAGUCUUCGUGAAAUUAUUAGAGAGGAAGAUACAAGCACGCGAGUGACGCUGCUGGAAUACUUGAAGCAACUGCACGCUGUUGAAUGGGAGAAUUUCGUAAAAGACACCAAGAUACUUGUGGAUGAUGACGAUAAACGUAGCCUGGAUCCAAGCGCCAGGAGCGAUUCUGAGCUGUCGGUUGCUGCUACACUGGAAAAGGACCUAGCCAAGAGUAAUAUCGACGAUCUGCCAUUUUACUGCAUUGGUUUCAAGUCGUCCAAACCCGAGUAUACAUUGCGUACUCGUAUUUGGGCCUCCCUAAGAGCACAAACACUGUAUCGUACUGUGUCUGGUUUCAUGAACUAUCGCAAGGCCAUCAAGUUGCUGUAUCGAGUUGAAAAUCCCGAGACGGUGCAAAUGUACGGUGGUGAUAAGGAGGGUCUGGACCAUGAUUUGGAUAAACUGUCUCGACGCAAGUUCAAGUUUUUGGUAGCCAUGCAGCGAUAUGCCAAGUUCAAUGCCAGUGAAGCUGAAGAUGCUGAAUUCUUGUUCAAGGCAUUUCCUGAUCUGCAAGUAGCCUACGUGGAUGAAGAGGUGUCUGAAUCUGGUGAUAUUACCUACUUUUCUGCCUUGAUUGACGGUACCUGCGAGCUGACAGAGAACGGUAAGCGAAAGCCUCGCUUCAGAGUGCGUUUGCCUGGUAAUCCCAUCUUGGGUGAUGGUAAAUCUGAUAACCAAAACCACGCCAUCAUCUUUUACCGCGGUGAAUUCCUUCAGUUGGUUGAUGCCAACCAAGACAACUACCUGGAAGAGUGCCUCAAGAUCCGUAACGUACUGGGUGAAUUCGAGACACUGGAACCCUCGCAAAUAUCGCCUUACUCUGCUGCAUAUCCAAAAUCCAAUCGUUCCCCUGUUGCCAUUGUGGGUGCUCGUGAGUACAUUUUCUCAGAGAAUGUGGGUGUCCUCGGUGAUGUAGCUGCUGGUAAGGAACAGACCUUUGGUACUUUGACGCAACGUAUUAUGGCCAAGAUUGGUGGUAAACUGCAUUAUGGCCAUCCUGAUUUUCUGAACGCCAUCUUUAUGAACACGCGUGGUGGUGUCUCCAAAGCGCAAAAGGGUCUGCAUUUGAACGAAGACAUCUAUGCUGGUAUGAACGCAUUCACGCGAGGUGGCCGUAUCAAGCACACAGAGUACUUUCAGUGCGGUAAAGGCCGUGAUUUAGGUUUUGGGUCCAUUUUGAACUUUACCACCAAGAUUGGUACGGGUAUGGGUGAGCAAAUGCUGUCGAGAGAAUACUACUACAUUGGUACGCAACUUCCUUUGGAUCGCUUCUUGACUUUUUACUAUGCUCAUCCUGGUUUCCACAUUAACAAUAUCUUUAUCAUGAUGUCUGUGCAAAUGUUCAUGUUGGCCAUCUUGUUCAUCAGUGCUAUGGGUGCUACGUUGACCAUUUGUGAAUACAAUGCAGAUGCGCCACCUGAGGCUCCAUUGAUACCAGCAGGCUGCUAUAAUCUGGUGCCCAUCUUUGACUGGGUCAAGCGUUGUAUUCUGUCCAUCUUUGUAGUGUUCUUUGCUGCUUUCUUACCACUGUUUCUUCAAGAAUUGACUGAAAGAGGUUUCUGGAGAAGUUUAACUCGUAUGGGUAGACACUUUAUGUCACUUUCGCCUCUGUUUGAGAUCUUUGUCACUCAAAUCUACACCAACUCUGUGCUGGAGAAUCUCGUCUACGGUGGUGCUCAGUAUAUCGGUACAGGUCGUGGUUUUGCUACUUCUCGCAUUCCAUUCUCUACUUUGUACUCUCGAUUCACGGGCCCUAGUAUCUACAUUGGCGCUAGAAAUCUGGUCAUCAUGCUGUUUGCUUCCAUUGCUUACUGGAUCCCGCAUCUGAUUUACUUUUGGUUUACUGUGGUCGCUCUGAUUGUGUCUCCAUUUGUGUUUAACCCUAAUCAGUUCUCCCCUAUCGACUUUUUGGUAGAUUACAAGGAAUUCAUACGUUGGCUCUCUCGUGGCAACUCCAAAACGCAUGCCAAUUCAUGGAUCAGCCAUACGCGUGCCUCAAGAGCACGUAUCACAGGCUACAAGCGUAGCAAGCCAACAGAGGCUACCAGUAAGAUUGUUGACAUGCCCCGUGCUGGUCUUGGUGCCAUCUUUGUCAGCGAGGUUAUCUUGCCAUUCUUUUAUGCGCUGCUAUGUAUCAUCCCUUAUACAUUUGUCAAGAGCUUUGAUUCUACUGAUGCCACACUCCCUGCUACUGGACCCAGUCCUUUGAUCCGCAUUGGUGUCAUGGCACUUGCUCCUAUUCUACUCAACAUUGUCGGUUUAAUGGUCUUCUUUGGCAUGUCGGUGGGCAUUGGAUCUAUCCUCAGUAUCUGGCUGGUAAAAUUUGGCUCUCUCAUGGCUGCAUUGGCCCAUGCUUGGUCUGUCAUUUGUGUCAUUAUCAUCUUUGAAGUCUUCUUUUUACUGGAAGAUUGGAAGCUGACAAAUGUGGUCCUCGGUGUGGUCGCUAUGGUGGCAAUUCAACGUUUCGUCCUCAAGUUGCUGACUGUCUGCUGCUUGACAAGAGAAUUCAAGCAAGAUGAAACCAACAGAGGCUGGUGGACUGGCAAGUGGUAUGGCCGUGGGCUUGGAUGGCAUGUCAUCACACAGCCUGGUCGUGAGUUCAUUUGUAAAAUCAUUGAAAUGACUGAAUUCUCCACGGAUUUCUUGCUAGGCCACAUCAUCCUCUUCUUCCUUUCCCUGUUUAUCAUUAUUCCUUAUAUCAAUACCGCUCAUUCUUUGAUGCUGUUCUGGCUUCGACCUUCCAAGCAAAUCAGGGCACACAUCUGGACAGCGAAGCAACGCAGAGAGAGAAAGCGAGUUGCAAUCUGCUAUGGUAUUAUGUUCUAUAGCAUGUUUUUAUUAUUUAUUGGCCUCGUCGCUGCUCCCAUGAUACUGGGCAAAUCCUUACUAUCAGGUAUUGUCCCUGUUCAAAAUAUUCCAAUCUAG